ACUAAUGAAAAGCACUGCCACUGUACUACUGACACUGGGCAGGAAGGGGUUAACAUCUGGAGCGAUCAAGGGGUUAGCUCAGGGGUGGACUGACAACUCAUGGGGCCCCCGGGCAAUAGGGGAUCAUGGGGCCCCUGUGUCCUUGCCCAAACUCAAAAAAGCCUAUGAAAAAGGUACCAGGGGCAUCUCAUGGGGCCCCCUACUGACCCCGGGCCCUCGGGCAGUGCUCGAGUUUCAAAAUGGUCAGUCCGCCCCU